UCCCGGCCGCGGAGCAGAGGAAGUUGACAUGUCAACAAAGAUGAUGAAUCCUCAGCGCACAGGCAUGUAAAGGGUGUGCUGGUGUGGAAUGGCCUGACGGGGAACUUCACCUGGACCUAAACCUUCUCCCGCUUCACAUUCACCUUCUGUCUCCAUGACGACCCCUCCGCUAGUAGCACCCUUUGGCACGCAGCCGCCGCCGCAGCAGCAACAAGCACAAGCGGCGCGUGAUGUCAACACGGCCUCGCUGUGUCGCAUCGGCCAGGAGACGGUCCAAGACAUUGUCCUCAGGACCAUGGAGAUCUUCCAGCUCCUCAGGAACAUGCAGCUGCCUAAUGGAGUCACGUACCACCCCAACACCCACCAGGACCGGCUGGGGAAACUCCAGGAGCACCUGCGCAUGCUCUCCGUGCUGUUCCGGAAGCUGCGGCUAGUCUACGACAAAUGCAAUGAGAACUGCGCCGGACUGGACUCCAUUCCACCCGAGCAACUUAUACCCUUUGUGGAAGAUGACAGCUCCAAACACGAGGACCGCUCAGCUGGCCAGAGCCGCCCCGCCACCGAGGAGAGGAGAGAAAUCCUGGAGGUCAACAAGAAGCUGAAGCAGAAGAAUCAGCAGCUGAAGCAGAUCAUGGACCAACUCCGCAACCUCAUCUGGGAGAUCAACUCCAUGCUGGCUGUCAGGAGCUGAGACUCACACAAUCACACACACACACACACACACACACACACACACAC